AUGUGGAGGCGCGAGAUUAGUUCAGCCCUCCUGGCAACUCCCUACGUCCUCUACGAGGAUCCCUGCAAGGCAGGCAACGAUGGCGAGUUCUUCCUCUGGCCUGCAGCACUGACGCUCAUGAACUACGUCGAGACGCAUCGCACCUCCUUCUCCCACCGUAACGUCCUCGAGCUUGGAUCUAGCCAUGGGCUCGGCGCCAUGGCGGCUUCACGUGCGGGAGCAUCGCGAGUUGUGGCGACAGACAGGGCCUCCUCCUUGUGGUACCUCGCUCAGAACGUCUCAGCAAACCCGGACGUGUUGGUCGAGAUCCGGAUGAGGAGGAGUUUCUUCGAGGUAGAAGCCGUCAAGCACUUCAAGGUCUCCCCCCUUGACCUCUCUUUCGUCAAACCCUCCUUCCUCUCCCCCACCAUCUUCGCCUAUCGGCUGCUGAAGAAGACGGGGGCGAGUACGGCUGGUCCCUCAACCUCGAUCGACCUCGAGGUUCUCGACUGA